GUGGCAACGCUAGCUUGUUAUUGUCGACCAAUUUUGUUUACCAAUUUGUGCAAUUGUUUGUAAGAAAUAUUUGAAAAUACUGACAGUGAAUUUAAGUAAUGAGUAAAUUGGAAACCGAUAUCGAAAUGUUAUCGUCAGAUGAAAUCACACCGAAGAAGAGCGGCGACGCCAAAGAAAGCGCCAAAGUGGAAGAUUUAAUUUCGCUUGAAACGUUGCGUGAAUCGCCUGUGCAGUGGCCAGAACGCUGCUAUUUAGUUCCCGGCAUGGAGGAGUUCCUCACCAUGAGCGAAACACCCAUACACACACCAACCGCUGACUCGGCACAGAUAUUGUCCAGCAAUAAUAUGGCCUCCAUCAAUCAGUUUGCCCGCCUGCCGCCGGAACAGCUGGUCGAGAAAAUUAAAGAGAUGCAUGACCAAAUAUAUAAACUAGGCCUGCGUGAGUCCAAGGAAAUGACGCGCGGCAAGUUGUUGGGCAUCUUUGAUCGCGAUCGCUUAACUCGGGCGAAAGCUAUGCGCAAUUAACUGUGUGGACCAGCUGCAGCGACUUCUGAUUUUGCAUUAAUUAUAUAUAGUUGUAUUUAUAUAAGACAUAUUCACAUAGAUAUAUGUUUGCGUGUGGCUAUCAAUACCACAAUCCUAACAAAUUAUGUUCGUUAGCUAUGCUGUCAUGCUAGUCAACAAUAAAUAACAUUUAUUUUCCAAUAAAGCAUCAAUAUGGCAUACAUAUGCGUAUAUAUAUAUAUAUAUAUCUUCUGUAUAGUCUACAUGUAAACAAAAAGAAAUCCAUUUAAGGUUAGGAUUUGGUACCAGGAGCUCUAGUUGAGCUUGACAUGGAUCAUGGUAAAGAGUUCUGCGAGAAAUAGAGAGAGUGAUGCAAGGCACAGUAUAUAAAUUCCGCUAUGCAUAACCCAGCAACUAACUCAGUUGUGUGUAAGUGUGUGUGAGUGUGUGUGCGAGUGUGUGUGCGUAUGGUGUGUGUGCUAGGUGCAGGUACCAUGUAGUAUAUAUCUAUAUAUCAUCAUCAAGAUGUGUCUAAGCUUCAAACUCAC